UUCAGUUGAACUUCACACACCUGGCAUAUUCACAUUCACAUUGAUAUCACAACAACUUUUCGAACAAAUAUUAUUGAAACUUGAACAUUAGUAAAAUAGUUCUUAGACUACAGAAUAACACUGGAAGAGUAACCACAAUGAUGUUGGCCAAGUAUAUUGCGAAUGUGUUGACGAGGAAUACGCACCUGAGGAAUGAGCUAAUCUACAGGCAAGUGCGGUCCAUGAAGUCCUUCAGUCCAGUCUGUGGGCAGGUGGGGUCCCUUAGGCCUCUGGUUGCCAUUGGUCGCCAGUUGAUGCGAUCGUUUGCCAUCAAGUGUGAUGAUGUCAGCGUUGUCAAGGGCGCUGUGGUGGGCGUGUACACCAAGGAGGGUGACAGGGAGCCCAAGUUGACAUCCAGUGGCGAGAAAUUCGAUGAUCGAGCCCAGGGCAAGAUCUCCGAGCUGGUGCGCGAGACGAACAUGAAGGGUGAGCUGGGCAAGGGGUUGGUCUUCUUGAAUGUGGAUCCCGAAUUUACGGCCGUUGCCGUUGUGGGUGUGGGCGUAGAGGGUGCUGGUUUCAAUGACAUGGAAAUGAUUGAUGAGGGCAUGGAGAAUGCUCGCGUUGCUGCCGGUGUUGGUGCUCGUGCCCUGCAGCUGCAGGGCAUCACAGAUAUCUUUGUGGACUCCAUGGAGUAUCCGGAACAGGCGGCCGAAGGUAGCGCCCUGGCUAUCUGGCGUUAUAAUAGCAAUCGCCGUAAGAAGGAUCGCACAUUUAUACCCAAACUGGAGCUAUAUGAUUCACCGGAUGUGGAUGCCUGGACGCGUGGACUCUUCAAAGCGGAGUCACAGAAUCUGGCCAGACGUUUGUCGGAUUCACCGGGCAACCAGAUGACGCCCACCAUCUUUGCGCAGGCCACAGUGGAUGCCCUGUGUCCGUGUGGCGUUAGUGUCGAUGUACGGUCGAUGGACUGGAUCGAGGAGAAUCGUCUCAAUUCCUUUCUAAUGAUCGCCAAGGGCAGCUGCGAGCCGCCCGUUGUGCUGGAGAUCAACUAUUGUGGCACGGCAGCGGAUGAUAAACCGAUUCUGCUGCUGGGCAAGGGAUUGACUUAUAAUAGUGGUGGUCUCUGUUUGCGGCCCAAGAAUUGCAUGCACAUGUAUCGUGGUUGCAUGGCCGGUGCUGCCGUCUGUGUGGCAACCAUUCGUGCAGCGGCCGCAUUAUCGUUACCGUUGAAUAUUUCGGCUGUGCUGCCGCUCUGCGAGAAUAUGCCAUCGGGCAUGGCGGUCAAGCCGGGCGAUGUUGUCACCCUACUCAAUGGCAAGACACUGGGCAUCAAGGAUGUGAGCAAGGCGGGCGUUGUCGUCAUGGCCGAUCCAUUGCUCUACGCUCAGGCGAAUUAUAAGCCUCGCCUUGUUGUGGAUAUUGCCACCUUGGGCUAUGGCGUCUGCUGUGGCCUUGGCGGCAGCGCUGCCGGCAUUUUUAGCAAUUCGAACUUUGUUUACAAGCAGUUCUCCAAGGCUGGCUCCUUGACGGGGGAUCGUCUGUGGCGUUUGCCUCUGUGGAAUUACUUCAAGCAGCUGGUCACGCCCAGCUUGACCUAUGACAUUAGCAAUCGCGGAAAGGGCCCCGCUUCCAGUUGCAUUGCAGCUGCCAUUUUGCACGAACUGGUGCCGUGCGUGGAUUGGGCUCACCUCGAUAUACGGAAUGUGGGCAUGCUGACCAGAUACAAUCCAUUGCCGUAUUUACUAAAGGAUCGCAUGACUGGGCGUCCCACACGCACCGUCAUUCAGUUCCUUUAUCAGAUGGCCUGUCCGGACAACAAGUAGUUGUUGUCUUUCAUUUUCAUUGUUUUCCCCUUUAAUGUUUUCAAAAUUUUAAUUGUUUAUCCAGAUGCAUGUCAGAAACCACAGACACAUGGGUAAAUAUAUGUUGCAACAGUCUGAAUUCCGAUGAGAUCAUGACUUACGAGUAGAAUCAAUAAAAUCUUUAAAAAAGAAAAUAUCUUCAAGA